GCUUGUCUGUUGAGUCCGCCAGCUUGUGUGGUUUGUGUCUUUCGCGGGGUGUCGGCGACGGAAGAGAAAGACCUGCUUCGCCCUCACGGCCUCCGUCUGGUCUGAGGGGACACGGCGGCUCUCGCACGGGGCGCACUGUGCCGCUGCCGAGGCCGCCAUGGCGACCCGGCGCGCGGGGCGAGGCCACCCGGAGGAGCCGGCCGGGCCGCCCGUCCUGUCCCUCGGCCACUUCUGUAGGGCGCCGUUUCUCUGCUUCGGGGAUGUGCUCCUGGGGGCGUCGCGCACGCUGCCGCUGGCCCUGCACAACCCGAACGCCGAGGCGGUGGAAGUGAGGGUGUCCCGCAUCCCGGCGGCCGACCGCGGCUUCAGCGUGGCGCCGCGCGCCUUCGAAAUGCAGCCUGAAGAGAAAAUUGUUAUUUCUGUUAACUGGACACCAUUAAAAGAAGGCCGAGUAAGAGAGAUUGUGACAUUUCUUGUAAAUGAUAUUCUGAAGCAUCAAGUUGUAUUACUAGGAAAUGCAGAAGAAAAGAAAAAGAAAAAGAGGAGUCUUUGGGAUACCAUUAAUAGGAAGAAAGUUUCUGCUUCAAGUCAUAACAAGAGGAUUUCAAGUAUUCAGAAUGUUAAUAAAACAUUCAGUGUUUCCCAAAAAGUUGACAGAAUUAGGAGCCCACUACAAGCCUGUGAAAAUUUGGCUGUGAACGGAGGCUGUUCCCCAACAGGGAACGAUUCUUUAAGCCUUGGGGAAAAUAAAAUACCCAUAUCCCCUAUCAGUCCCACUUUCAGAGAAUGCCAUGGUGACUGCUCCUUGCCACUUUCUGUACAUGGAUCUACUACCCACACAUCUCUUCAUACAUCUGAAAGCGGGGAACUACUGAAGGUAGAAGGUGCCAACGUUUGGAAAGAUUUUAAUGAGAAAGUCAUAACUGAAACUUCCUUUAACUCCAUAAAUAAUAAUGAUGGCCAAGCUGAAGAGAAUAGUAAACUCAUUCUUACCCCAAACUGUUCUUCAACUUUGAACAUUACACACAGCCAAGGAAAUUUUUUAAGUCCAGAUUCCUUUGUAAAUAAUAGCCAUGUAAAUAAUAAUGAACUAGAAUUAGUGACAUGUCUUUCAUCAGAUAUGUUUAUGAAAGAUAAUUCAAGGCCUGUGCAUUUGGAAUCAAAAACCGUAUGUGAAAUUUAUCGAACAAUUUUAAGUCCAGAUUCCUUCAUAAAUGAAAAUUACAGAGUAAAUCAGAAUCUAGAAUCAGAGUCAAUUAAUCCAAUUAUAUCCCCAAAUCAAUUUGUAAAAGAUAACGUGGCAUAUAUAUGUAUAUCUCAGCAAACAUGUAAAUUAUCACCAUUAUCGCAAGAAAAUUCUCAGACCCCACAGUGUCCUCUGGAUCAGAGAAAAAUUGUUUUACCUUGUGUUCCUGAUUGUCAGAGUUCAAAAUCUCCCAAAGCUAUUUUUGAAGAACCCAAAGCCAUAGAAAGGAAGUCAAAUUGUUACAGUUUUACAAAACAAAGUCAGCCUAAAUUUUCUUCAGUUCAGGGUAUUUCUGGUUACAGCCAGGACAGACAAUUCAAGAGACGCCCAGUACUUUCAGCCACUGUCACCAAAAGGAAGCUCACCCGCACCAGAGAAAACCCAGCUGAGACUAAUAAAACAGGGGUGAAAAGAUGUCUCAGCAGCAUAGUAGGUGAUUGUAAAAAAGUAACAGAUGAUCAAAAAGAGAGAGAAGCUUUUCAUUCUCAUCUUCCAGUUAUAGAUCCAGUAGUAACUGAAUGUAAGCAUCUGAAAAAUGUAGUAACUUCUUCCUCCAAGACAGCAUUUGUUGCUCAUAAAAGAAAGAGUGAGGGAAGCACAAAAGAUGCAAAUGUGGCCAUUAUAGUCACAGAGCAUACAGAAGGACGACAAAUCAAAAGAAUCCAUUUUUCUCCUGUGGAGUCUAAAAUAUCAGUUGUUAAAAAAACAAAGGUGAUAGCACCCAUCUCCAAUCGCAUCAGCAACAGAGAAAAAUUAAACUGGAAGAAGAAAACUGAUUCAUUAUUAUAUAGAACUCCUAAUUCUAAAACAAACAAAAGAACAAAACCCAUUGUUGCUGUGGCACAGUCUCAUCUGACCUUCAUAAAACCAUUAAAAACAGAUAUUCCUAGACACCCAAUGCCAUUUGCUGCAAAAAACGUAUUUUAUGAUGAACGCUGGAAAGAAAAGCAGGAACAAGGCUUCACUUGGUGGCUAAAUUUUAUAUUAACUCCUGAUGACCUCACUGUAAAAGCAAAUAUUCCUGAAGUCAAUGCUGCUGCUCUUCUUUUGGGAGUGGAGAGUCAACAUAAAAUAAGUGUGCCCAGAGCGCCUACGAAGGAUGAAAUGUCCCUCAGAGCUUACACUGCUCGGUGCAGGCUGAAUAGAUUACGUCGUGCAGCAUGUCAUUUAUAUACUUCUGAAAAAAUGGUUAAAGCUAUUAAAAAGCUUGAGAUUGAAAUUGAAGCUAGGCGGUUAAUUGUUCGAAAAGAUAGACACCUCUGGAAAGAUGUGGGAGAACGACAGAAAGUUAUGAAUUGGUUAUUGUCAUAUAAUCCUUUGUGGCUACGAAUCGGCCUAGAGACGAUUUAUGGAGAACUCAUAUAUCUGGAAGACAACAGCGAUGUCAUGGGGUUGGCUGUGUUUAUUCUGAACCGCUUGCUUUGGAAUCCUGACAUAGCAGCUGAGUACAGACACCCCAGCAUCCCUCAUCUGUACCGGGAUGGUCAUGAAGAAGCUUUGUCUAAAUUUACAUUGAAAAAGUUAUUGUUGUUGGUUUGUUUCCUUGAUCAUGCUAAAAUCUCCAGACUUAUUGAUCACGAUCCUUGUCUCUUUUGUAAAGAUGCUGAAUUCAAGACAAGUAAAGAAAUCCUGCUGGCUUUUUCCCGGGACUUCCUAAGUGGUGAAGGUGACCUUUCUCGUCACCUUAGCUUAUUGGGAUUGCCUGUUAACCAUGGUCAGACGCCAUUUGAUGAAUUUGACUUCGCUGUUACAAAUCUUGCUGUAGAUUUACAGUGUGGGGUGCGUCUUGUGCGAAUCAUGGAACUUCUCACACGGGACUGGAGUCUCUCAAAGAAACUCAGGAUUCCUGCAAUAAGUCGUCUUCAAAAGAUGCACAAUGUUGACAUUGUUCUUCAAAUUCUUAAAUCACGAGGAAUUCAAUUAAAUGAUGAGCAUGGAAAUACAAUCCUGUCUAAGGAUAUUGUAGAUCGGCACAGAGAGAAAACUCUUGGGUUGCUUUGGAAAAUAGCAUUUGCUUUUCAGGUGGAUAUUUCUCUUGAUUUAGAUGAGUUAAAGGAAGAAAUUACCUUCUUAAAACACACCCAGAGUAUGAAGAGAACAAUGUCUGCACUGUCUUGCAAUUCUGGUGCUGUUACAAAUAAGAAGAAAGAUGAAAGGAAUCGUGGUUCCUUUGGACAAUACAGUGAAAGCAUAAAGCUGUUGAUGGAUUGGGUAAAUGCUGUCUGUGCCUUCUAUGAUAAAACAGUGGAGAAUUUCACAGUGUCCUUCUCAGAUGGCCGAGUGUUAUGCUACUUGAUCCACCACUACCAUCCUUGCUAUGUGCCUUUUGAUGCUAUUUGUCAGUGUACAACUCAAACCGUGGAAUGCACACAAACCGGCUCUGUGGUGUUAAAUUCAUCAUCUGAAUCUGAUGAAAGUUCUCUGAAUAUGUCUCUUAAAGCAUUUGAUUAUGAAAAUACUUCAGAACUAUGCAAAGAACUCCUAGAAAACGAAAAGAAAAAUUUUCAGUUGGUGAGGUCUGCAGUUAGAGAUCUUGGUGGAAUACCUGCAAUGAUUCAUCACUCAGACAUGUCAAACACAAUUCCAGACGAAAAGGUGGUUAUUACCUAUUUGUCAUUUCUCUGUACGAGACUUCUGGAUCUUCGUAAAGAAACAAGAGCUGCUCGGCUUAUACAGACAACCUGGAGAAAAUAUAAACUAAGAACAGCUCUAAAACACCAUCAGGAAAGAGACAAAGCUGCAAGUAUUAUUCAAUCAGCUGUAAUUAAUUUUCUAACUAAACAACAAUUGAAAAAGGAGAUUAAUGCAGCAUUAACUAUUCAGAAAUAUUGGCGAAGAUUCUUAGCAAAGAGAAAAGUUUUAAUGUUAAAAAAGGAAAAACUAGAAAAACUUCAACAUAAAUCAGCAUCAGUUAUUCAGAGGUGUUGGAGAAGAUAUUCCACUAGAAAAAGAUUUCUGAAAUUAAAGUAUUAUUCGGUAAUCCUGCAAUCUAGGAUAAGAAUGAUAACUGCAGUUACUUCUUAUAAACGGUAUCUUUGGGCCACAGUUACAAUUCAGAGGCACUGGCAUGCUUACUUAAGAAGAAAACGCGAUCAACAGAGAUACAAAAUUCUAAAAUCAUCAUCCCUUAUUAUCCAGGCUGUGUUCAGAAGAUGGAAGCAACGUAAACUGCAAUUGCAAAUAAAAGCUGUGAUAAUAUUACAAAGAGCUUUUAGAGAGUGGCAUGUCAGAAAACAAGCUAAAGAAGAAAAGUCUGCUGUCAUCAUACAAUCAUGGUAUAGAAUGCACAAAGAAUUACAGAAAUAUACGCACAUUAGAUCUUGUGUUGUGACCAUUCAGACAAGAUUUCGGUGCGUUCAAGCCCAGAAGUUAUACAAAAGAAGAAAAGUGGCUCUACUGACUAUCCAGAAGCACUGCAGAGCGUAUCUGCAAGGGAAGACUGAGCGCACCCACUAUCUCCAGAAACGGGCUGCAGCUGUCCUACUACAGAAGGCCUUCAGGGCCUGGAGAGCCCGUGAUGCGCUCCGGCAGGUGAGAGCUGCUUGUGUGUUGCAGUCAUAUUGGAAAGCGAGACGAGACAGAUUUCAGUUUCUAAACCUUAAGAAAAUCACCAUCAAAUUGCAGGCACAUGUAAGAAAACAUCAUCAAUUGCAGAAAUAUAAGAAGAUAAAGAAAGCCGCCCUUGUAAUUCAGGUUCAUUUCCGAGCUUACCUUUCAGCAGUGGAAGUUCGAGCAUCUUACCAGAAAACACGUUCUGCUGUCGUUGUUCUACAGUCUGCAUGUAGAGGGAUGCAAGCCAGGAAAAAGUUUAUGCAUGCCCUCAUAGCUGUUAUAAAGAUCCAGUCAUAUUAUCGAGCUUAUAUUUCCAAAAAGAAAUUUCUGAGUCUAAAAAAUGCUGUGGUAAAGCUACAAUCAAUUGUCAAGAUGAAACAAACUCGUAAACGGUAUUUACGUUUAAGAGCAGCGGUGCUGUUUCUCCAGUGCUGGUACCGUUCCAGGGCAGCUGCAGCGCUGAAGAGGGAGGAAUCCAUGCCGGCGCAGGAAUCCUGUACCAAAUCGCAGGCUUUUGCUAGAGGACACUUGGUUAGAGAGAUGAGGCUGCAGAGAAAAGCUGCUGUGUCCCUGCAGUCUCACUUCAGAAUGAGGAAGAUACGGCAGCACUACCUGCAUGUUUAUAGGGCGACUGUUGUCAUUCAGAAUCACUAUCGUGCAUGCAAAGUGCAAGCCUGUCAGAGGAAGGACUUGCACGUCCAAAGGGCAGUUACUUGUUUACAGGCAGCUUACAGAGGUUAUAAGGUACGCCGGCUAAUCAAACAACAAUCUAUAGCUGCUCUUAAAAUUCAAACUGCUUUUAGAGCCCAUAGAGAAAGGAAGGAAUAUCAGUUUGUGCUUCAGUCCACUAUUAAGAUUCAGAGAUGGUACAGGGCAUACAAGACUGUUCAUGAUAUAAGAGUACACUUUUUAAAGACAAGAAGAGCUGUGAUUUCUCUCCAGUCUGCUUAUCGUGGCUGGAAGGUUCGGAAGCAGAUCAGAAGGGAACAUCAAGCCGCAGUGAAAAUUCAGUCUGCUUUUAGGAUGGCCAAGGCCCAGAGUCAGUUUAGACUAUUAAAAUCAUCAGUAUUAGUCAUCCAGCAACAUCUGAGAGGACGGAGGGCAGGAGUAAAGCAUCGUGAGGAGUCUGCUGAACUCCGCUGUGUGGUGAUGGCGCUGCAGCAUACAUGGACCGGAAAGCCAGGGAGGGUACAGAUCCAGAAGCAGCACCAGUGUGCUGUCAUCAUACAGUCAUAUUAUCGGAUGUAUGUGCAGCAGAAGAAGUGGAAAAGCAUGAGAAGAGCUGCUCAUCUGAUUCAGACAUAUUACAGGGCUUACAGUAUUGGAAGGAAACAGCACCUUUUGUAUUUGAAAACCAAAGCAGCCGCAGUAGUUUUACAGUCAGCUUACCGAAGUAUGAGAGUGAGAAAAAAGAUGAAAGAGGGCACCAAAGCAGCAGUCACCAUCCAGUCUGCACACAGGGCUCACAAAGUCAAGAAGAGGAACACAACCUACAGAGCUGCAGCUCUCACAAUUCAGAGGUGGUAUCGACGUAUUAAGAUUGCAAACCAGCAGCGCAAGGACUACCUUGAUUUAAGGGAGACAGUGAUUAAAAUCCAAGCUGUUUAUAGAGGUAUUAGAGUAAGAAGACAUAUUCAGCGUAUGCACACAGCAGCUACUUGUAUUAAAGCCAUGUUUAAAAUGCAUCAGUCAAAAAGAAGAUACCACCAAAUGAUAACAGCAGCUGUCGUAAUUCAGGCUGUAUGGAGGAGAUAUAAAGCCAAGAAACAUUUAUGUAAAGUGGAAGCUGCUUGCAAGAUUCAAGCCUGGUAUAGGUGUCGGAAAGCGCGGAAAGCUUAUCUGGCUGCACUCAUGCAGAGCCGCUUUUUUGCCAGACUGGACAGAGCACGAUUUUUGAACAUGAGAGCAUCAACAAUUAUCAUUCAGAGAAAAUGGAGAGCUAUACUUUGUGGAAGAAGAGCUCGUGAGCACUUUUUAAUGAUAAAAAGACAUCGAGCUGCCUGUUUGAUCCAAGCACAUUUUAGAGGCUAUAAAGGGAGGCAGGUCUAUCUUCAGCAGAAGUCUGCAGCUUUGACCAUACAGCGAUACAUACAAGCCAGGAGGGCUGCGAAGCAUGAAAGAAUAAAAUACUCUGAACUGAAAAAGUCUACGGUUGUUUUACAAGCACUGGUGCGUGGUUGGUUAGUGAGAAAAAGAAUUGUGGAGCAAAGAACCAGAAUUAGGCUUUUGCACUUCACAGCAGCUGCGUUCUAUCACCUGUCUGCUCUGAGAAUUCAAAGGGCGUAUAAACGUCACACGGCUGUAAAGAGUGCUAAUAAGCAGAUUAAUGCAGUCAUCUGUAUUCAGAGAUGGUUUCGAGCAAGACUGCAGCAAAAGAGGUUUAUUCAGAAAUAUCAUAGCAUCAUAAAAAUUCAUCAUGAAGUUAAAGAAUGUAUGAACCAGCAAAAUAAGGCUGCAUCAGUAAUACAGAAAGCAGUACGACACUUUCUCCUCUGUAAGAAACAGGAAAAAAUUAAUAAUGGGGUCACUAAAAUUCAGGCAUUAUGGAGAGGAUAUUUUUGGAGGAAGAGAAGUGACUGUACAAAAAUUAAAGCUAUACGACUAAGUCUUCAACUUGUUAAUAGGGAUAUUCGAGAAGAAGAUAAGCUGUACCAAAGAACCGCUCUUGCGCUCCACUGUCUUUUGACUUACAAGCACCUUUCUGCUAUUCUUCAGGCUUUAAAGCACCUGGAGGUAGUCAGUAGAUUGUCUCCACUUUGUUGUGAGAACAUGGCCCAGAGUGAAGCUAUUUCUAAGAUAUUUAUUUUGAUCCGAAGUUGUAAUCGUAGUGUCCCUUGUAUGGAAAUCAUCAGCUAUGCUGUACAAGUCUUGCUUAAUGUUGCUAAGUAUGAGAAAACUACCUCAGCAGUUUAUGAUGUAGAAAAUUGUGUAGAUACAUUAUUGGAUCUUGUGCAAAUGUACCGAGAAAAACCUGGUGACAAAAUUGCAGACAAGGGCAGAAGCAUUUUCACAAAAACAUGUUGUUUGUUAGCUGUUUUACUGAAGGCAACAAACCGAGCGUCUGUUGUUCAAAGUAGGCCUAAAGUUGUUGACCGUAUUUACAGUAUUUAUAAACUUAUAGCUCGUAACUACAAAAUGAAUACUGCAAGACUGCUUUACAAACAAAGGACAGAUUCUUCUAUGAGCGUUCCCUCUAUUCCAGAAACUCCUGUGAGAACCAAAAGAGUUUCACGACUUAAACCAGCCUGGGUUUUAAGAAGAGAUGACAUGGAAGAAAUCACAAAUCCCCUGCAAGCUAUUCAAAUGGUGAUGGAUACACUUGGCAUUCCUUAUUAGCAAUGUAAGCAUUCUCAGCAUGUAUAGUAAAAAAGCAAUAUUAAAACUAAUCAUGAGUAUGUAAACUGUUUUUAGCUUUCUUUGUACAAUUUCUAAAAUCUGACUUUGUAUUAAAAUUAAAAAUGUAAAUAUAAUAAGUUACCUGUUUUUAUAUUCCUUGUAUCUUUUAUUAUUUAAUGGAUUUGUGCAUGUAACAAAUAGGUCAUAAAAUGAUUAUAACAUUGUUAUUCAUGUAUCUUAAAAUAUCUUAUUAGUUUGAAUAUAAUCAAUUCCUAAAGGGAAGAGUUGCUUAUUACUGCUGUCUUAUAGAUAAAUUGAGCUAUUUUUCUAAAAUAAAAUUUGGAAAUUUAAGAAUCUGCCAAGUUACUUAAAAGAGACGAGGAUAAAUAAUCCCACAAAUGCCAGAAACAACAUCCCGUUUGUUUCCUUGGCUGGCUGCAGAGAGACAAGCAAGCUUGACUUUGGACUGAUUGGGGUUAUGACUGGGACUGGGAAGGCAUGGUCUUGCUUAUGAUAGAGUUGUUACCUCGUCACAUCUCACAGACCUGAAAGUGUGAGGUAUUGAGACAUAACUGGAUAUCUUCUUUAGUUCUGGGCCACCAUUGCCAGUACUAAACAAGUGUGGUUCUAGGGCCGCCCGCGGAAGCCUGACUCCCAUGGCAGUUUGCAGUCUGAUAGGGUCUGACAGUCGGCUUGUGUACAGAGGGCGCCAAAGUUUUUAACUUUGAAAUAAAUCAGUAGUAGGUAGAAAUGGAGAGACCAUUUAACUACUUAACUGACUAAUUUGUUAGAAUAAGGAUUAAACCUAAUUAGUCAAAUUUCCUGGGAUUUGGUUAGGAUAGCUAUAAAUAUCAUUUUGGUGUAUUAAAAGUAUGUUGAAACUAACUCUGGGCAAUGUUUGCUAUUUCCUUUUUUUUGUUCUGCUGUUCUUUUAAUAAAAUGUUAGGACUCUUGGCACUCAGUA